GUUGCGUUAGUAGUGCCGAUCAAGAUGCAACACAACACGGACCGAACCUUGGCCGCACCCAGCUGGUUGAAUGAUACUUUUUUGCGGGACAUAAUACGGCAGGCCCGGAACGAUUCUUCGGUCACGCUAUGCCACGGUUGUAAGCUUCGACCGGGUAGCAGUAAAUCCGGUGAAAACCACAGCAGCGUGCUGUAUCGGACAACGGUUCACUUUCGAUCGAAACGAUCACCGCUGGAACAGGCCGUCAGUUUGGUCGUGAAGAUUGAGCCGCAAAGCGCUCUGCUGAAGGAUCGAUCACUGUUCGAAACGGAGGUCCGUCUGUACCGAGAGGUUUUACCGGCGAUGCGAACGGUUUUGACCGAUGCUGGUGAAACUUUGGAUACGCCCAGUUUAUUCUAUUCGUCGGAUAAACCGAAAGGUGCUAUUGUGUUGGAAGAUCUGUUCCCCGCUGGAUGGGUUGGUAAAGGUGGAAUCAGUAGCUUCGAAGAUGUACAACCGGUUAUCGAAACGAUAGCCAAGUUUCAUGCUGCUUCGUUCAUGCUUAACCAGAAGUCCAACAAACUUUCCAACAUAAGCAACGUGUUCGUCGAGAACAACAUCGCGGGUGCUCGUGUUUUGUUUCGUCAACUUUUCCAUUCAUUCGCUGACGCCGUAUGUAAUUGGGAAGAUUUUGCCCAAAUUGGUGCCAAGUUGCAAGCUCUUAAACCAGUGUUCGAAAAUAAAUUAAAACAAAUUUACUCUCCGAAUCGUGACAGACCGUCCGGCAGCGGAUAUAACGUUUUGAACCACGGUGACUUGCAUGCGAAGAAUCUGCUGCACAAGAUGAAACCUUCGGCCGGGUCCGCUGAUCGGAUCAGUCGGACUGCGUUGAUCGACUUCCAAAUCUGUCACUGGGGAACGCCGGCCAUCGAUGUGCUCUACCUGUUGGAUUUGGUCAUCGAUCGGGAGCUUAAAUAUUCCCACCGAGAUCAGAUCGUUCGGGAUUAUCAUCGGGCGUUUGUGGAUUGCUUGAAAAGAAUGGGACAUUUGGGGUGGGUUCCCAGUUUGCAGAACCUACAGAUCGAAUUGAAACGAAAUGCGUUUCUAGAACUGUUCCACAAUGUAAUAUUCGAACAGAUCAGGUACGCUGAUUUGUCCAAAGUGACAGUGGAGAGUUUUAUUGCCGGCAAGGCAGAAAAUGCAGGCGUCAACAAUAGAAAGUAUCGAACCAUGGUGCAAAAGGAGUUGCGGGAUUUUCUGCACCGAGGUGUUCUGGAUUGAACACUUAUUUCAAGGCGACCAUUUCUUUAACAGAUUGGAAGUCGUGCUAUUCUUGUAACUAAAUAUAACUUUCUACUGGUUA